AUGGGUGUUAGUGAAUCUGACGUGCCCUACUACCUUACAGUCGACAACCUACCGGACGCGGAGACCGUCGAGAAGGAGUGUGGUGAAGCGGUCACGACAGAGAUCGUCGAAACUGUGACGGAGAUGGCGGAUCUUUCGAAUUUCGAGUUCCGGAAAGCACUCCGCCAUCGCCCUUCUGAAACCAAGGUCGACGAGGUUGUGCAGAAGAAGAAAUCUCUUGUUGAGCGAGAUGCUGGUGACAGCGCCUGUGCGAACGAGCGAGAAGUUAAAAGAAGUGAUGGAUGCGAGAAAGUCAUCCCGAGCCCUCAAGAGCCUGCAAUGUCGAAGGAAAAGCUGUCUAGGUUUACAGUUAAACUCAAGACGCUUAAGAAGGCAUUGCGACUCAUUGCGACUGAACAGAAUGUGAUGACUGCACCCGAACUUGCAGAUCUCUGGUGCAAGGAGCAUGCGGAUAGAAAUGUUCUACUCAAAUGUGAUCGUGCGGUUGUUGAGGUCUUCGCCGAUGUUGUUUUGAAAAAUGGAAAAGAGUUUCAGAGCAUGAAUUGA